AUGGAUAGACAUCUGUUAUUUUUUGAACAGACUAUGAUAGAAUUGGAAACCUUCCCUUUGAUACUACAACAUAACUGGUUAGCAAAUGAAGUAAUUCAUUCAAUAAAAUCAACACCAUAUUCAAAUACGAUUAUCAAGAAAAAUUUUGAACCAACGUUACUUAAAGUAUCACCAAUCUUAAGAAUAUGUAAAUUUCUUAGAGUAACCAAUAAAAAUGAUGUGACUGUCAUACUAGCAGAUUCCACCCAUCGUAUCUUAGCAUAUUUCCCAUUUAUACCUACUGUUGUAGAUUUUGAGAAUAAGUAUUGUCAGAGAAUAACAUAUCAUACUAUCAAUAAUUUAAUUGAUAUCAAAAGAGCUAAUUUACGAUUUAUUAAUACGAAUGAUUUGGAAAGAGAUUACGGAUUUAAAGAAUCUAGGAACUUAUCCAUUGCUAUACUUGAAGUUCUUGAAUUUGAAUUAUAUCAACGAGAUCCAAUUCUGUUUACUUCUGAUGUUGAAAAUAAGAUUACUUUUGUUUAUGAUGAUUUGAGAUAUGAAGAACUUUGUAAGAGUGACGUUAAUCUUCAAUUUGAUGAUUUGAUGGAAAGCGCAAUUGCUGGAUAA